AUGCCCCCUUCACUCCGCCGCCGGGGCCACUCUCACCAUGUAUCCCCACCCUCGGACCCAGACGAUAGCGACCAUGACGUCGACGACAUGGAACGCCAAGACGAGCCAGACGUCGACGACGAGGGCCUGGACGACGACGAAGAGGGCGUCGAAGACGACGACGACGACGAAGAAGAUGUCGAAGACGAAGAAGCCCUUGCCUCUCCCUCGCAAACCACCCCCCUUCCCAAUCUCGAUCCACCGCCACCCUAUCUCCGUGAAAUUAGCACUCUCGCCUCUUGGACCGUUUCUUCUUCCAAACCAGGCUGCUCCAUCCCCCAGCUGCGGCACCCAAACACCAAUCUCUUCUGGCAGUCGGACGGCCCCCAGCCACACUACCUCAACAUUCAUUUUUUCAAGCUCGUCCGCAUCGUCGGACUGCGCCUGUACCUGGACUUUGAGCAGGAUGAAAGCUACACGCCCACACGCAUCAUCUUUCUCGCAGGGAGCGGCAUGAACGACCUGCAAGAGUGGGGCGAGAUGAGGCUGGAAAGCCCGCGAGGCUGGGUGUGGGCGGAUUUCUCGGGCGUGGGCGACGUAGACAGUGAUGGUGAUGAGAAUUCCGACGAUGAUGACGACGAUGACAACAAUAAUAAUCAAGACAGUCCACAUGGUCACCACCAGCAACAACACCAAAUCGCCGCUCCUCAUCCCCCUCCUCAGGCCAACGGCACGCAAACACGCGGCCCACACGACGCCUCGUCGGAUUCGGAGAAUGCAGCUCCCUUCCACACGCCAAGUGCUCAGCUAGAUCUACACACGCCGGUUCAGACUCGACUUCAUCAUCACCACCACCACCAUCAUACGACUACCACUACUCCGCUGCCUCGCCAACCCCACGCCAUGCCCUCGUCGUCAUUCGACCAUGCCACACCAACCCUGCACCCCACAACCUCUACACCCACCCUCCCCCGCCCCUCCUCCUCCUCCUUUCCCCCCGCAUACCCAUUUCCACGCCCCAACCAUCACAACAACAAUAACACGCACAUCUUCACCCCUCACCCGCCCUUACCCUGGCACCCGCGCGCCUCGCCACUCCGCACACGCAUCCCCAAAAUGCCCGUGCUGCGCGCCCAUCUAGUCCAAAUCAAGAUUCUCGAGAACCACCAGAAUGGCAAGGAUACGCAUCUCCGCGGCCUCCAGGUCUUUGCCAAGAACGAUGAGGACCAUGCUGUUGGGCGUGUGGGCAGUGGGGCUGUGGGUGGAACAGGAAAGAGUGGAAAGGGCAGUGGGAAAAGGACACGGGGGGGAAACUGGUAG